AAUAAUUACAGAACCCUCCCCUCAGAAAGUAAUAACUAUUUGCCUUGCAGAGUUCACUUAUCUUGCAUGAGAAAAUGUAUGGGGUCCUGAAGUUGACUGGACAUGAUGGUUCUGAUUAAAAUAGUGUCCUGCCUCCUGAUCAUCUCACAACUGACUGAUGCAAGGAAAACUCGAGGUAACAGAGCAGACAAUGAGCCCGGAAAGAGGAUGAAGAUGCUCUAUGAACCUAAAUCAGUCUUCAGGCUCUACACGGAGGGGGAAUAUGAUACAUGCACAGUGGAGCUUUUCCAGCCUCAUACACUGGAUGGUUGUGGUUUCAAUAACAGCCAUCCUCUGGUUAUCAUCAUUCAUGGCUGGUCGAUGGACGGAAUGAUGGAGAGUUGGGUUGCCAGGUUGGCAUCUGCUCUAAAGAGCUCCCAGAGGGGCAUCAAUGUGGUGAUCGCAGAUUGGAUGACUCUAGCACACCAACACUACCCUAUUGCUGCUCAGAACACCCGCAUAGUGGGACAAGAUAUUGCCCACCUGCUGAGGUGGCUAGAGGAUUUCAAACAGCUCCCCGUGGGAAAAGUUCAUUUGAUUGGCUACAGCCUUGGCGCUCAUAUUUCUGGAUUUGCUGGGAGUAACCUAGCGCUGUCUGGGAAAACCUUGGGAAGAAUUACUGGUCUGGAUCCUGCGGGGCCACUGUUUGAGGGAAUGUCCCAUACUGACAGACUCUCACCUGAUGAUGCUACAUUUGUGGAUGCCAUCCAUACAUUUACCCAACAGCGUAUGGGACUGAGUGUGGGCAUCAAACAGCCUGUUGCCCACUUUGAUUUCUACCCCAAUGGAGGAUCAUUUCAACCAGGGUGCCAUCUGCAUGUGCAAAAUAUUUACGCCCAUUUAUCUCAGUAUGGUAUUAUGGGAUUUGAGCAAACAGUAAAGUGUGCCCAUGAACGUGCUGUGCAUCUCUUCAUUGACUCCCUGUUGCACAAAAACAAGCAGAUAAUGGCAUACAAGUGCAGCGACAACACAGCCUUCAAUAAAGGCUUCUGCCUGGACUGCCGAAAGAACCGCUGUAACACUUUGGGUUAUGACAUAAAGAAAGUUCACACUGGCACAAGCAAAAGAUUGUUCCUCAAAACCAGUUCACACAUGCCAUACAAAUUGUACCAUUAUCAAUUCAGGAUCCAGUUCAUCAACCAAAUUGAUAAGAUUGAUCCCUCCCUCACAGUCUCUCUAACAGGAACACUGGGUGAAAGUGAAUAUUUGCCAAUAAAACUCACUGAGGAAAUUUCAGGUAACAAGACUUUAACGUUUCUCAUCACUCUGGAUACUGAUAUUGGUGACCUGAUGAUAAUGCGCUUCAUCUGGGAGGAAAAUCCUAUGUGGGCAAACAUGUGGAGCAAGGUGAAGACGAUGAUGCCUUGGGGAGAAAGGAGCAAGGGACCACAGCUCACUGUGGGGAAGAUUAUGGUGAAAGCUGGAGAGACUCAGCGGAAAACUGUGUUUUGUGCACAGACGGAUGACGGCAUGCAUAUUGAGCCAUCACAGGAGAAGGUGUUCGUUCGCUGUGAGAAGAAGGGUAAGAAGUCACAGCAACAGCGGAGGAUGAUAAAGUACAGCUGAAGUAAACACACCUGAUCACCCAUCAGGACUUAUAAAGCAUCAGCCAUGCUUAAAUUGACAUGUGAUGGGUGAAAACAGAACAAGCUUGAAAUAUAAGUUUUAUGUUUAUGCUUUGUGAUUUAUUCCCCGAUUGUAUGAAUAAUUAAAGACAGAGUAUAGAAAAGUGUUUGUCUCAAACACUUUAUGGAUUUUUCACUUAUUUAAACAACCGCUAUUACAAUUACUAUUAGGAAAUUCAGUUUAACACUGCCAUUCCACAUUUAAGAAAAUUGUUGGCAACCCCUGCCAGAGUCUAUAUGGAGACAAUUAAUAUUUUAUUCUACUGAGGUUGAACCUUAACUAAUUGAAACACAAAUUCACAUCCACACAAGAUUAUUAUGUAAGGUUGAAUUGGUAGGGCCAGUAUCUUGAAGCUUCUAGCACCUCCUUAAAGAGAUUUUAUAAAGUCUUCCAAGUGACUGACUGACUUUUUUCAGUUUCACAGCACCAACUGUUAUCCAUUGAAUCUUUUCCCAUUUCCAUACAUUUAUAAAAAUGGUAACACUAUACAAUAAGGCUAUAUUUGUUAACAUUAUGUAUCAUUAACUAUGAACAAUAUUGUUUUUACAGCACCCAUUAUCUUUCUGUUUUAUAACAUUUUUAUUAAAUAAAUGUAUUAGUAUGGUGAUAUUAUAAUUAACAAAGGUGAUUAAAUGCUGUAAAACCUUUGUUCCUUGUUAGUUCAUGUUAAAGGAAUAGUUCACACAAAAAUGAAAAUUAUUUAAUCAUUUACUCACCAUCAGAUGUAUAUUAAUUUAUUUCUUCGGCAGAACAAAAAUUUUACGAAGAAUAUCUCAAAUCUGUAGGCACAUAAAAUGCAAGUGAAUGGGAAAAAGCACAUAUAGCCACCAUAAAAGUAAUCUAUACGACUCCAGUGGUUUAAUUAAUGUUUUCUGAAGUUGAAACGCUAGGUGUGUGUGAGGAAUAGAUAUCAUUCAACUUUUUUAUUUAUUUUUACAAAAAAUUAAUGAUGGGUCAAAUACACACUGCCUCUGACCUAUGCCUGUUGGCAAGUUCACGCGAGAACUGACGUGUGAAAUCGAAAAAAUAUGAAUGUGCAGUACUGUUUACAACAGAGGCGCAUAGAGAUUCAUACAUAGAUGCCUCAUUCAGCUAGUUUAAAGACGUCAACUGCGGCACCAUCUUGGAACGCUCAUUAAGGAGAGCUGUUUGAAUCGGGUUGAAUACAAGUGAAUGGAGGAGAUGACUCAGUACGAGCUUGCAAACAAGCAUCAUCAUCAUCAUCAUCAUCAUCAUCAAUGCAUUGGUGCACAGAAGUUAUCUUGAAUGUAGAUA